AUGGGAUGUAUUUCAUUAGUGGUAACAGCUUUUUGUUUCUAUAUGAGCUAUCUAUUUGGGAAAACUGUAAAGGAGUGCUUGCCUGAGAUACGAAAUCCCUAAUCUGUUGAAGAGGAGAGCAUUGCGAAUAGUUCUUAGCAAGAUGAUAGUGAGAGAAAUGGGGGAUUGUAAUAAAAUGGUCAAGAUAUCUAAUCUGUUAGAGGCUCAAUCAGUCAGAGCAGAAGAUAAUUUAUAGAUAACGAAAAUGAUGAAUUAGUUGAUAAUGAUAUCCCACCUCUACACUAGAGAGGAAAUAUUAAUGAUUCUUACUAUGAUGAAAACUCAGAUGAUAAUGAGGAGGAGGAAGAUGAUGAUGAUUAUGGAGAUGAUGAGGAUUAUUCUGAUGAUAGUGGUGAAGAUCUUCACUAGAAUGAAACUUCAAAAUUAGUAACAUCUGUAGAAACUGGUAUCCCAUAAAAUAUCUCCCUAGAAAGGUCCAAUCUAUUAUUAAAUGAUGCAAGUGCAAAUAAUAACAUCAAUCGAAGUAAUAGUAAUAAUCCCCGAGUUAAUAACAAUAGUAAUAAUUAUAGAUGA